ACAUGUGGGAGAUCUAACAGAGGCACAACAGAGAAAAGCAGACAAAGAAACUUUUGAAGUGGACCUACUUCCUAUUCCUGGAUUGUUUUUCCUCAAAUCAGAGUCUUUAUGUUUGUGGAUCUUCGCAUCAAAGCAUGAGUGUGAAUGUUUGAUUGUGGAGUGUAAAUGUGCUAUAGACAUGGAGACAUCAUUUGCUGUGAGAUCUCUUCUCUUUGCCCUUGUACUCUCAUUUCAUCUACACUUACACCUUGUUUGGGCCGCCAUGGACUCCUGCUAUGAUGAGGAGGGUGCGCCAAGCCGCUGUAUGCCCAAGUUUGAGAAUAUUGCCUUCAGUCGUGCUGUGGUGGCUUCAAAUGUGUGCGGUUCUCCACCAGAGGACUACUGCAUGCAGACCAGCUCAAGUCGUUCAUGCCACCUCUGUGAUGCGUCAGAUCCAGACUUGAGUCACAAUGCGAGCCUCCUGACAGACUUCCACAGGAAUGAGGAGCCCACGUGGUGGCAGAGUCAGUCCAUGUACUAUGGUAUCCAGCACCCCAAUUCCAUUAACCUCACCCUCCACCUUGGGAAAUCCUUUGAGAUAACCUACGUACGACUGAAAUUCUACACCAGUCGCCCAGAGAGCUUUGCCAUCUACAAGCGUACAGAAAAGGAUGGUCCCUGGUUACCGUACCAGUAUUACAGCGCCUCUUGUCAAAAGACCUACAGGAGGGACGCUAAAGGUUAUAUUCGCCCGGGGGAUGAUGAAAGGACUGCUUUAUGUACAGACGAGUUCAGUGAUAUCUCGCCCCUCACUGGAGGAAACGUGGCUUUCUCCACACUGGAAGGUCGGCCCAGUGCGUACAACUUUGACCAAAGCCUGGUGUUGCAGGAAUGGGUGACAGCCACUGACCUGCUCAUUUCUUUGGACAGGCUUAACACCUUUGGAGAUGAGUUUUUCAAGGACGCUAAAGUGCUGCGCUCGUACUUCUAUGCCAUCUCUGAUUUCUCUGUGGGUGGCAGAUGUAAGUGUAACGGCCACGCCAGCGAAUGCAUUGAGGGAGAACUUGGUAACCUGGUCUGCGCCUGCCAGCAUCACACAGUGGGAGCUGACUGCCAGAGAUGUCACCCCUUUUACCAGGACAGACCCUGGGCCAGGGCCACUGGGGACUCCGCCAAUGAGUGUUUGAAAUGCAACUGCAGCGGCAGAUCAGACAAAUGUGUGUUUGACGUGGAGCAGUACCGGAGCACUGGCAGUGGGGGGCGCUGUGUGAGUUGCAGAGACAACACUGAUGGGGCCCAUUGUGAGCGCUGCAGAGAUAGCUACUACCGGAUAUCUCCAGAAGAGCCCUGCCUGCCCUGCAACUGCAAUAUCAAUGGAUCUCUGAGUCUGCAGUGUGAUGUAGAGGGAAAGUGUGCUUGUCGGGAUGGUGUGACAGGGGAAAAGUGUAACACGUGUCAGGCUGGCUUUCACUCGCUAGGCCCUGGUGGAUGCAGGUCAUGUGAAUGCGACCUCAGUGGUAGUGUGGGCGAUUGCUCUCCCCUAGACGGACGCUGUUACUGUAAGCAAAAUGUAGAGGGACAGACCUGCAACAGAUGCAAGCCAGGAUUUUUCAAUCUCCAGCAAGUAAACCCAGCAGGCUGCCAACCGUGCUUCUGCUUUGGCCAGUCGCUGGCCUGCUCCUCAUCCAAUCACUAUACUGCUGUCAACAUCACCUCUGACUUCAUUGAAGAUCAGGAUAGCUGGUUGGGAGAAUUUUCUGGAGGGCUGGAGUACCCCCUGCUGUGGAAGGAAGGUGAAGUCUACCUGCUGCCUCUUACAGAGGAGGACAUUGGCUUCUACAAAGCCCCCGUGAAAUUCCUGGGUCACCAAGUCUACAGCUACGGCCAGCUUCUCUUCAUCACCUUCACUUCUGAGACCCCCGAACUUCUGCCCGACCACAUCACCCUGCUCCUCGAGGGCUCUGGAAUCACUCUUUCUGCUGACCUUUCAUCCCAACCAGUGCUUGGCUAUGACCCCAGCCUCACACCACAGCACUCUUUCAUUGUCAGACUUCACGAAAAUGAGAAGAGAUUUAAAACUGCGCUUUCUGCCUUUGAGUUCCAACUCCUCCUUUACAACCUGACAGCUCUGAAGAUCAGCAACGCUGGGGGACACAACUACACAUCACAGCUCACAGGGGUAACCAUGACCUCAGCUGUCGUCUCCACUGAUCCAGCCAGUCCUCCUGCUCCGUGGGUGGAAUCUUGUUCCUGUCCCCUGGGCUUUGUGGGCCAGUUUUGUGAACAGUGUGCCCCCGGAUUUACCCGAGAAGACCCUGCUAGAGGGCCUCUCUCAGCAUGUAUACCAUGUAACUGCCACCAUCAUGGAACGUGCCAUCCAGAGACAGGUGCGUGCGAUUGCUUAGACUUCACCACCGGUAUGACCUGUGAGCGCUGCCUGGACGGUUACUAUGGCAACGCUUUGAUUGGCACACGUGGUGAUUGUCAGCCUUGCCCUUGCCCAGACCAGACCAGCUGUGUCCAAAUUGCAGAGACGGGACAGGUGGUCUGCACCAACUGCCCUGCAGGACAGACAGGAAUGCGCUGUCAGAGGUGUGAAGAUGGGUACUAUGGUGACCCCCUAGGGCUGUCAGGAGCAGCUCAGCCAUGUGUGAGAUGUGACUGCAAUGGCAAUGUGGAUUUCAAUGCCGUAGGAAUAUGUGACCAUGUCACUGGGCGCUGUCUGAAGUGCCUGGGACACACGGAGGGAGACCACUGUGAACGCUGUCAGCAGGGUUUUUACGGCAACGCCAUGAACCAGACGGUGGGCCAGAAGUGCAAGCCAUGCAGCUGCAGUUCUGCUGGAACAUCUGGGCAUGUGAAUGAAUGCCACCCUCACACAGGAAAUUGUCACUGCCUCAGUCAUGUGACCGGACGGGACUGCAGUUAUUGUGAAGUUGGCUUCUUCAACCUUCAGCCAGGCAGUGGAUGUGAAAUGUGCAAAUGUAAUCCAAUUGGCUCAUCGUCGAUGGCAUGCCAUCCAAUCACAGGGAAGUGUGUGUGUCGUGCAGGAGUGGAGGGGAGACUGUGUGACGCUUGCCGUGUGGGGUUCUUUGGAUUCUCGUCACGAGGUUGCAGAGCCUGUAACUGUGACCCAAUGGGCUCUGUUUCUAUGCAGUGUCACAAUAACGGCACCUGCCACUGCCGCCAGGGCUUUGUGGGUUACAAGUGUGACAAAUGUGAGUUAAACUAUUUCCACAACAGAGCCACACACCAGUGUGAGGAAUGCCCAGUUUGCUAUGGCCUUGUCAAGAAACAGGCAGAAAAGCUCAGGACUCGACUGCAGGAUUUGGAGAAGCUUUUGGCUCACUUUGAUUGCAGAGGUAGAUUUGGGAAGCAGCACCACCUGCUGAAGUAUCACAUGGCCAGGCUUUAUGAGCAUGAGCACCAGAGGGAGGAUACUCUACCCAAUGCUCUGGAGGAUUUUCUGGCCUUCCAAGAGGCACGGGAGGCCUUAAUAAAACAGUUUUCCUUGCUGGAAGCUUCUACAGGAACACUUUUAGCCCAGCUGCAUGGCAUUACAUCUUCUUUGAACUGCAGCAUCGGCAUGACAGAGGAAGAGGGGAAGGAGAGGAGGAAGGAUAAAAGCAGCAGGGCUGUGUGUCAAACCUUCACAGAAACUCUACUCGUGAUCAGAGUGUCUCAGAAACAACUAAAGCAGGCAACACAGGACCUGGACAGUAUGCUCAUUCCUUUUGAGGCCGUGUCACGACCCAACAAAUGGAACAUUAUGGUCAAUGACUCACAGGUGCUAAUGAAAAGUCACAGAGAAACAGCGGACCACAUCGAGGCUGCAGCCAGCAGGGCAGUAAGAGCCUCAAAGCAGACUUACAGCCUCCUGAUGGAUUUACUGCAGGACAAUUCCACGGAGGAGUACAUCAGGAACCUAACGGAGCAAAUCACACAGAUGCAGCAGCAGAAGGAGAACCUGACGGCGCAGCUGAACGAUACUAUAGCUGAACAGCUGGCCCUGGAGGAAGAAGCUGCUGGUUUAAAGCUUGCCUUGGGUAACAUCACAUCAUCCUUACAUCAGCUGGCUCUGACAGAUGCCAGCCCCUAUCCGGAGGCUGAUCACACUGAGUUCAACCAAAUCAAACAUCUAACCAACUUUACAACAGAGUGGGGUGAGACCCUGGUGAAACAGACAAAAGAAGUGGAUGAGCGAGUUCAGAGUCAAGACGAUCGCAUAACGAGGGUCACAGAAGCGGUGGAGCCUUUACAGACAGCCAACAAGAGCAUGGAAAUGAUGAAGAACAUCAGCACGCUGCAAACUCAAGCUCAAGGAGCAAAGGCUGUGGCUUUGUCAUCAGUUGUGACAGGCAAAGAGGUGGAAUCUGAAGCAAUCUCCCUUCACAGACAACUAGAACGCAUGGUUACACAGUGGCCCCGUCAACAGGCCCAGACCAAGGCUGCAGUGAAGAAGGAGAGACCUUUGGAGGAAAAGGUCCUACCUGAUGUGAGGAAGAGAAUCUCACAAAUUGAGAAGAUGCUUAAACCAGCGCUGGAAAACUCCAGCAUCUCAAGCAGCACCACAAAGGACGUCGAACAAAAAGCGCAUGACCUGGCAAAGGAAUCCAAAGCCAUUCUGACCCAGGCCAAGCAUACCAGGACUGCAUCUGCUCACCUUAGCUCCAAUAUAGACUCUGCCUUGGAGCAGCUAUCAGUCCAGGAGUUGCUGACUGAUACAGUUAACACCCAGAUCACCUCAGAGCCUGGGGUGUCUGUGGCCAGCGUAAAAAAAGAUAUGGAAGCAGCCAAGCUCCAGCUAGAGGCCUAUUCUGUUACACUAACUGAGCUAAUAAGCAAGAUUGAUGGGAAUGUGCCACUGGAGCGAUUUAACAGGAUCUUGAACGAGACAGCACGCCGCCUGAGCAUGCUUCGUGGGAGUGUGGAGAGCCCGACGCUAGGUUUAAAGAUCCAGAAGCUGCAAUCGGCUGCUGAAGAACAGCAGAGUCGCCUGUCCCUCAUUGAACAGGACAUACAGGAGAUCAGGGAGGAGAGAGACAGUCUCAGAGACAUUGCCUUAAACCUGCCUCAGUCCUGCCCCGAGGCAACUGGAGCAGGCAAAGCAUAGAUACUAUAGAUGAUGAGGAUUACAUCAGUGAUAGCUGAACAUCAGAAAAGUCUGGGAUGAUUUUGUUAAGGAAAGGAGUUGCAGUCGUUUUGUGUUCAACUUCAAAAAAGUCUUUUUAGAUUUUUCCUCUUUUGCCCCAAGGUGCAAUUCAUUUUACCGCCACAGUAGAGACACACACACACACACACACAAACACACACAUUACAGCCAAAAGCCUGAGAUUUCUCCUCUGCCUCCCAUGAUUUAUACCCAAUCUUCCUUCUCCUUCUUGUUUUUAUUCUCUCCUUUUUUCUUUUUUUUUUUCUCUUUUUUUUUUAGCAACAACAUCCGAACUUCAAUUUCACCAUGAAUAAUAAGCAGCCAUUCUGAACUGCUGGAGUGCACUGUCAAGUUUAAAAUAAUGCUGAUUUUCCUUUGUGGGGCUAAAAGGUGUGUCUGAGUGCUCCUUCAGACUGACACAUUCAUUUACACUUGAGCUCUUUUUCAUCACCAUUGCUUAAUUAACAAUUAGUCCUCUUGGCCUCAGUGGAGUUCGGGUCAGGCUUCAACAUCACACAACCUGUUUUCAGGAUUAUUACAGUCGCUGCCUCUCCGUUUUUGUGGUUUCUCAAUAUUUCUGCCGUUCGGUGCCUCUAUCAAAUGGGCAAACAUCGGUUGUCUUGGGGUCACGGGUGAUCGCACUGUCAGGUUCCUGAUUACUAAAACAUAACAGCAAAGGAUCUUUGUGUAUGUAUUGCUUCACAAAUCUUUUACACCAGGGUAUAAAAAAUUAUGUCUAAUAAAUAUUGAAAAUACAAAGUUAUCUGAUGCUCAGACCCAAAUCCAAAAAAAAAAAAAAGAUUCACUUUGUCAUUUGUGGCAAAUAAAAGCAUCACAUCACACUGUAAGGAUUACUGUACUUCUGCAUAAUUGUGUACCCAGCUACAAGUUAUGGCUUGUUUAUAACAGCCUGAAUAUGACACUGCAUUUAUUGAGGUCUUGAACGGUGUUGGUUUGGAUUUUUUAAAUAAUGCAGGAAUCUGCUAAAAGAAAUGAUUUAAGACUUAGAUUGUUGUGUUUUUAUGAGUGCUCAGUCUGAUCUGAUCAGACUUGUUGUUCAUGCAAGUGUCCCAGUCACGCGUCUACUUUUAACAAUAAUUGAGUGUGUAAGGUCUUAACAAAGAAACCAUAAUGCAAUAAAGUAUACAUGAAAGGUCCGUCUUGCAAAAAUAUAUCACAUUUUUUAGUGGACACUAUUGUACAACAGUGUAAUAUUAUACAACAAAGCACAAUGGAAAUGAAAGAGCUACUCAAUGCUGAGAAAGUGCAGAUAUUUGGAAAUGGUUGUGCAACAUAUUGAUGAACACAAUAAAAUGAGGAAAAAAUGG